AUGAUUCCUCUCUCGACUCUGACUGUCGCCGCUGUUCUCUGCGCGGCGAACGCGGUGAAUGCGGUGAAUGUCUUCGCGCAUUUCAUGGCGCAGAACUCCUACUCCUACUCGCAAAGUGACUGGGCGAACGACAUGACGACUGCCAAGAAUAUUGGCAUCGAUGGUUUUGCUCUGAACAUUGCUGCGAAUGACUACGAGAUCAGCCCCCAGCUCGGGUACGCGUUCGCGGCUGCGGAGCAGGCUGACUUCAAGCUGUUCUACUCGUUUGACAUGUCCUACUCGUGGGACGCCCCCACGAUUGCCGGCAUCAUUGCAAACUACUCGACGAGCUCGGCCGCCUUCCGCUACGGCAGUGACAACAACCUUCUCGUGUCGACCUACUCGGGCGAGAACAAUGGCGACUCGUUCUACUCGGGCCUGAAGAGCACGCUCUCGGGCCAGGGCAUCAACAUCACCCUCGCGCCCGCGUUCACGUCCUACCGCGAUCCUUCGCAAGCCGAUUCGCUGAUGUCUACGUUCCCGUCUAUCGAUGGAUUCUUCAACUGGUGGUCUUGGCCUGCCGAUGUUAAUGCCAACUUGACCACCGACACGGAUACCGCGUAUCAAGCUGCGGUCAAGUCUCGUGGUGGACCUUAUAUCAUGGCUGUAUCGCCGUGGCAGUUCAAGAACCUCGACAGCGGAGGAGACUGGGUCGAGUACAGCGACACUCUUUGGGACUACCGCUGGCAGCAAGCCUUGCAGGUCCAGCCUGACAUUAUCGAGAUCGUGACCUGGAACGACUACGCCGAGUCGCACUAUAUUGGUGAUAUCAACCCCAACGUGGAUCUCGGCACACAGGCGCCUCUCUACGUCGACGGCUUCGUCCACGCGGCCUGGCGUGAUGUGGCCCAGUACUACAUCUCAUGGUUCAAGAGCGGCAACCAGCCCACCACCGAAGAGGUCGUCUACUGGUACCGCCCCUACCCCAAGGGUGUAACCUGCAGCACCGGCAGCCUCCCUCGCAACUCCGACUUCCCCGCAGACGCUGUCUUUGCGAUGGCGAUGCUCAGUUCGGAGGCGACCCUCACCCUCUCCAUCGGCUCGCAGCAGACCAACUGGAGCGCGCCUGCCGGCCUCUCGAUGGGUUAUGUUCCGUUCCCGACCGAGGACGCGCAGGUCCCAUACUUCGAGGUGAGCCGCAGCGGCUCUAAGGUGUUCGACGGGUACGGCUCGCUCUCUGUCAACCAGACGGGCUGCAGCUACUAUAACUUCAACCCGAUCGUUGGCAAGGUGCCUAACUAA